AUGUCUUUUCUUACGUCGUCUGCGAAAUCAUCUGGAGAUUUGGAGAGUGGCAAGAAGUCCGCCGGGGUGACGAUCACUACCGAUGUUGAGUCGGAGAAGACCUCGCGUCCGGUCCUUGGACGACGCAAAACGUCUGAGAGAGCCACUGGAACAUCCACCAGCACCGAAAAGCUGGUCUACGAUGGCGAAGAAGACGCCCUUACCAAGAUUGGCAACUUUCUCUACAAAGUCCAUUCCGCCUCUAUUCUCACCAGAUAUGCCCUCUACAUCUUGCCGGUGGCUGCGCUUUUGGCUAUCCCAGUGGCCCUCACAGCCACUGUCUACGGCGAGCGGAAAGCUGGUAACAUUCGCCUCCUUGGACUCUUCAUUUGGAUCGAAAUCAUCUGGUUCGCCCUCUGGAUGUGCAAACUCAUCGCUCAUGGUCUACCUUUCAUCUUCGAAGCUGUUGCGGGCUUGAUCAGUGGUGGCAUUCGCAAGUACUCGCUCGUCCUCAUAUCGCUCGAGAUCCCAGUCUCGCUAUUUCUAUGGUCCAUCGUAUCCUAUGCUACCACUCAUGUCAUCUGUGUUUUCAACAGCAAGGAUGUCUGCAGCAACGAGUCCUGGUUCCAAACUCUACAGACUGUCUUUAAAGCCGGCAUCGUCGUUGCCGCCAUAUUCCUGGCUGAAAAGACAAUCAUCCAACUAGUCUCAAUCAAUUACCAUCGCAAAACAUAUCAUGAGAAGAUUAAGGAGAGCAAGAAGCUGAUCAAACUGCUUGACCUACUCUACGAUGCUUCAAGGACCUUAUUUCCCGAGUAUUGCCACGAAUUCGAGGAGGAAGACGCCGAGAUCCAGGGAAACACGCUGGCAGAUGUAAGGACGCAGUUGGCCAAAGCUGGUGUACAGACCAAGGUCUUUGACAAUAUGGGUAGGGUGAGGGAUAAGAUGACAGCUGCAUUCGGUGCCAUGGCUUCAGACAUUGCUGGAAAGCAGGUCUUCAGUACCACUUCAGCACACAACAUCGUCAUCGAAGCCCUCGAAACACCACGCGCAUCGAAAGCGCUUGCGCGUCGAUUGUGGCUGUCCUUUGUCGGAGAAGGCAGGGACGUUCUCCUCAAGCAAGACCUCAUCGAAGUCCUUGGGGAGUCUCGGCUUGUUGAAGCUGAGGAGAUCUUUGCUCUACUGGACCGGGAUGCCAAUGGAGAUGUCAGCCUCGACGAAAUGACUCUUCUGAUUGUCAAUGCUGGACAAGACAGGAAGAAUCGAGCGUCCAGCAUGCAUGAUAUCAGUCAAGCGAUUGCUGUGCUUGAUCGUCUGCUAAGUCUGGUGGUACUCGUCGCCAUCGCCUUCGUCUACGCCACCUUCUUCAGUAAGACAUUCGCCAGCAAGACGACCCAACUCUGGACAACCUUUACGGGUUUGGCAUUCGCUAUUGGCGGCACAGUGACUGAGUUUCUCGGCUGCUGCAUCUUCCUUUUUGUAAAGCAUCCCUACGAUGUCGGAGACCGUGUCACCAUUACAGACACAGAGCUCAUCGUCGAACGCAUCUCGCUCAUGUACUCCGUCUUCCGACGCAUCGACACGAAUAGCACCCUGCAAAUCCCCCAUAACAUCGCCAACACGCUCUGGAUCGAGAACAUCUCCCGCUCCAAAGCCAUGAAGGAGCGCCUCACCCUCGCCGUCGCCGCCACAACCUCCCACGACGACAUUCUCACCCUCCACGGCGAACUCACCAAGUUCGUCACAUCCGACGAAAACCGCCGCGACUUCCAGCCCGACUUCGAGGUCGAACUGCGCAGCGUCGGCGAUCUCAAACAACUGGAUCUUCGGGUCGAGAUCCGGCACAAGUCCAACUUCUCCAAUGAGACGGUGCGCAACAUGCGUCGUAACAAGUUCAUGUGCGAACUCCUCUCCGCUGCGAGGAGGAUUCCGCUCGAACCUCCUGGUGGCAGCGCCGCGCCGUUGGGAGAUCCUAGCAAUCCCGCGUACUCGGUUGCUGUGAGUGAUUUGGAGGGCGUAGCGGCGAGGGAGAGGAAGAGGGUGGAGGUGGAGGGCGCGAGGUUGGUUCCUGCUGGGGGGAGGUAUGAGGAUUUGGUGAUGCAGCAGGAGGGUGGUGUGAGUUCGGGACUGAAGGCUUUUGGUGGUGCCGCUGGAAGUUUGCUAGGGAGGAGGGGGAGUGUGAGGAGUGGGGAGAUUGGGAGGAGGUCGGGGGAUGCGUCGAUGUUGGGGAGGUAG